CGUAUGAAUUCGUCCGCGUAAUAGUAGAGCCUUCAGCGCUCGCAAACAAAGACCAAUCUUAGUCAAGUCAUGCCGACGCUUUUAAAAUCUCUAUCCCUUUCUCUCCUCUCUCUAUCUCCUUCGUCGUAGCAAGUAGCAACUCGCAACUUGCAAGCAAGUUAGCAAAUAUAGGCAAACCGAUUGAAAUGGACGCAAAGCAAAAGCGAAACUCGAGGCCGAAGCUCGAUCGCCGGAACGCCUUAAAGAACGUCGAAUACAACGCUUCGCCCACCACCUCUUCUUCUUUACAUCCUUCUUCCUCGUUCCACGUCGCCGCCUCCGCCGACGACGACGACAACGACGACUUGUUGCCUGUAGGCGGCCCUCGAAGUCGCUCGCUCGACCUUCCUCCGUCUUUUCACAACCAAAAGAGCUUCAGAAUCAAAGGCACAGACGGCGAAUUCGACCUCAUUUGUCGCUCUUUGGGCCUUUCCGGGAUCGACGACUUCUCCAUCCCCACCGCCGAUUGGGAAGCCCACCGCUCCAACUCCGACCUCGCCACUCGCCUCCGCAACAAUCUCGCUUCUUCUACUUCUGCUCCUGCUCCUUCGCGGCUCAAACCGGCUCAACCGGAAAAGCUCGAUGAAGUUAGGGUUAGGGUGGGUUCUGUCACUGCGGGACCUAGUCAAGGAAUCAAAGGUACUCGGCCGCCGGUUCUCGCUCCGCCGCCUGUGGCGGGGCGGUCGGUGGCGUAUGAUUACACCUCUACUUGGGAUCUUUUGAAGUCCUUUGCUCCACUUGAAGACGAAGUCGUAGCUCCUAACCCUACGCGUUUGGGAGGAUACGCUGAAACGACAAGCUCUUCUUCUCCUUCUUCUGCGGCUUCUUCGGAAGAAGAGGAUAAGAAGCAGAACGAAGUUCCUUUGGAAUCAACAUCGAAUCGUAAUGAGAAUGAGACUGAGAACGAGAACGAGAACGAGGUCGAGAAUGAUAUCGGGAUUGUUCGCGCAACGAAUGUGAUUCCGGUGUAUAGUUUUUCGCCGAGAGGGAAAUUGAGACGGAGUAUUAGUUCGUGGCAAAAGGGUGAGCUUCUUGGAAGUGGCUCUUUCGGAACCGUCUAUGAGGGCUACACUGAGGAUGGCUACUUUUUUGCUGUAAAGGAGGUUUCAUUGCUGGAUCAAGGAAGCCAGGGCAAGCAGAACAUUUCCUACCUUGAGCAGGAGAUUUCACUUUUAAAGCAAUUUGAACAUGAUAAUAUAGUUCAGUAUCUUGGCACAGAAAAGGAUGAAAGUAGAAUUUAUAUCUUCCUUGAGCUCGUAACAAAAGGGUCACUUGCCAGUCUUUAUCAAAAGUAUCGCUUGAGGGAUUCUCAAGUCUCUGCUUACACAAGACAGAUUUUGAAUGGAUUGAAGUAUCUUCAUGAUAAGAAAGUGAUCCACAGGGACAUCAAAUGUUCUAAUAUAUUGGUGGAUGCAAGUGGAUCUGUAAAACUUGCAGAUUUUGGGUUAGCAAAGGUAACCAAAUUGAAUGAUAUUAAGUCUUGCAAAGGGACUCCAUUCUGGAUGGCACCUGAGGUUGUUAAUUUAAAGAACCGUUUCUACGGGCUUGCAGCUGAUAUAUGGAGCCUUGGAUGUACUGUGCUGGAGAUGUUAACGCGUCAACAUCCAUACUCUCACUUGGAAGGCAUGCAAGCAUUGUUUAUGAUUGGCAAGGGUAAACCUCCUCUAGUUCCUGAUUCCUUGUCAAGAGAUGCCCGAGAUUUCAUCCUCCAAUGCCUACAAGUUAACCCAAAUGAUCGGCCUACAGCAACUCAGCUAUUGGAUCAUCCAUUUGUGACUAGACCUCAAAAUUCCUUUGGACCUGCUUCUCCUCACAACAGCAUACAGUUAUAAAAGCUUAUGAACAAUCUUUGAUGUUUGUAUGUAUGUUUUGGUAAGCAAGUACCACUGAUCCCGCCACUCACUGCAGUUCUUAUGUACAUAAAGAAAUACAUGUCACAUGGAUUUUGUGAUUACGGAAAUUUCAGAAAAAGUUGUUGAAGAUGUUUGUAGAAUAUUCACUGAGGCUUGGUUCUACACUCUUUAGCUUCUUAUAUCUCCAAUCACUCAAACUAAAGGGAUUGGUUUUUAAGGUGUGGUGAAUUGUGACCUGAAGCGUAUUUUCAAAUAGAUCAAGGUAGUUUACCAACUCACCUCAUUUGCAGUGUUGUGAAAGAUUGGAAGAGCUACCUGAUGCUGCCAUGUGGCUGAGUAUUAUGGUGACCCAUGAACUGGAGACACUAAGGUCAGGGAGGAGAUUAACCCUUUUAAUAUUGAUUUUGGACUUAGAAUUCUUGUGAAUUGCUUUAUCUGCAUCCUCCAGCACGAACAUGUCAUAACCAGUUCGUUCAUGAACCGGUUGGUUCUCAUGCUACUGCCAGUAAUUUGCUUUUCAAGAAAGCUUCGAUAAUGAUGUGAUUAUUCAGUUGCCUUAUGGUCUUCGGUAGGAUCAUUCCCUGGAGUUUUGAUGUUUUGUCCUAGUUUUGCACCAAACUAAAUGUGGCAAGGCAUGUUGAUAGUAGCCUGCUAAUUACUGAAUAUUUGUGAGGCACAUAGCUGCUGGUUCUAUUCACGCCAGGCAUGUGGUUGUUACUGUAUUUGCCUCUGGACAAAAUCUUCAUAUCAAGGAGCAACUUGGUGAACAUCAAUUUAGUCAGGUAUUUGAUAAUUUUGAGUGUAUGAUUGUUUGGUGUGUAAUAUGCUAGCAUCAUACAAUCACCAAUGUCUCUAAAAUAUUAUCAUGUUAUUUGUAUGUUAACUUUUUUACCUUUUUUGUUUAUUUUGUUGUGUUUUUUUUUUUUUUUUUGGUUUGUUUGUGAAACACUGAGGGGAUUAGGGGAUUUUGUCUGUAUGAUUAGUUGUAAAUUUAGUCUGAUGUAUGUAAUUGUUUGGAAAAGAGAAUUUUUUCCCAAUGAAAUGUAUAUAUUCUGGUUUUUUGU